AUGCGCCCUGCUCUUAUUUCUGUCGUUGCUCUGAGUGCCGCCGUUUCCUGUCAACUUGUAGUACCCCUCUUUCAGCAAAGAGCGGAUGCAGCCCCGCCGUCACAGCGAACUCUCAACCACAAUCAAAAGAUCAUGGACCCCAACAACGGCCCCGGUCCGGCGUUGCCUCCGGACUCCGGAGUUCCGUCGAGGACUGACCCACCUCCGCACUCUGGCGGCGGUGGUGUUAUCCUUUCGGAUGUGAUCGGCCGGGAUAGGUCUGUCAACUUAUUUGCAGGCUUCAUCAGAAAUAUUGAAUCCACCUCUGUUCGGCUUGAUGACCCGUCAAAAAACACAACGGUGCUCGCGCCGCUCAACUCUGCGGUGGAGGGCUUACCUCGUAAACCAUGGGAAGAUCCCAGAGAGUACGGUGCCCUUGGGCCCAAUGCUUAUGAAGGAGGUGAUGGCCAUGAGAGGGCACAGAAGAACAUUCAGCGGUUUGUGGAGGCUCACCUUAUCCCGGUUGGUAUCUGGUCCAAGGGCCAGAAGGUGAAGACUCUGCUUGGGGAUAGGGAGGUGUGGUGGGAAGAAAAGGAAGACGGGACCCGUGUGGUGCAGCCGGGGGAUAUUGAGGUUGUUGAGGUUUCGAGCUCUGUUGCGAAUGGUGAGGUGUGGAUUUUGAAGAAGGUUCGGAAUUAUGCCUGA